AUGCGACAUCCCGACAUACGUUGGAUCACGAAAAAGGGAGCGCCGGGCCACGGUGUCGACUUUUUUUGGGAGGGGUCGAAGUAUAGGACGGCGGAGGUGAUGGACUGCGUGGUGUUCGGCGGCGGCGGCCUCUCCUUCCCCGCGCACCUUGGCGCGUUGCGAGCGCUGGAGGAGGCCGGCGUGACCCCCAAGACGUACGCGGGUGCCAGCUGCGGUGCGAACGUGGCGGCGCUACGAGUAGCGGGGUAUAUGCCGGAGGAGCUCCACGAGGCGCAGAAGAAGGUGGGAGGCAUGGCGGAGGUGGAGGGACUCCUAAGAGCCCGCACGGGGAAGGAUCGUCCCACGUUCGAGGACGUGAGCGGCGCGACUGGCAGCGAUCUGUCGGUGAGCACGUACUGCCUGACGACGGGCAGGACGCGGAGGUUCAGCACGUCGACGGACCCGGGCCUCGGGCUCGUGGACGUAUUGAGGGCUUCGUGCUCAGUACCGCUGUGGAACCCGCCCGUGGAGAUCGACGGAUCGGCCUACCUGGACGGAGGGGUGCUGGAGCGGCUGCCGAUGUUGGAUCGGGGAGAUCCGAGCCGGACUCUGGGGCUGGAGUUGACGUCGGGGGACGGAGGCGGGACGGACGUGGGCGCCAUCUUCGAUCGGAUCGCGCAGCACCUGAACGAGGCGAACGAGAGGGAGUUUUCGGAGCGAGACUACGGUGACUCCGUGCUGAGGCUGUUGGACGGUGCGUCUCUGCCCGAGAGGGGCGCGGAGAGGGCGGACGAGAUGUUCAGGGUGGGGUUCGAGAGGACGAAGGAGUACUUGUUGCGGAAGGCGGAGGCGGCGAUGCGCGGAGACGAGACGGCCGAUCAACACGCGCCCUGA